UUCCCGGUUCCCGCCUCUGGGCAGGCUGCGUUCGCGCUCCGGGCUGCGGCCUUCUUCACUCGCGCGGAAUCAGGAAGAAAAAAAACCAAGGGGCCUCGCCCGUCUUCUCGUCCUUCUCCCCGGCGGCUGAGCGACACGAAUCGUACAGAAUGGCAUGUGCAGUGGCCACCCCGUUGCUGGAGCCGAGCGGGGACUUCCCGGCGUGGCUUGAGGCGCAGGGCGUGAACGAGGAGGUGGCUCGGGCCAUGGACUCGGAGCUGGGCAUCCGGGACUACGGGGUCCUGCGCGCCUGCGUCGAGGACACCCUCGUGCGGGCCGAGCUGCUGGCCACGGCACGCGACCGCCUGCCCUUCGGCUUCUACGCCGUGCUGCGGCAGGUGGUGAAGGCCCUUCGGGAAGCUGAGCCCCACGACGCUGGGACGCCGCGCUGGGACGACGAUGCCACCGGCUCCUCCUCCCCUGGCGACGUGACGCUGGGAGGCCUGGUGGACGUGCUGCUCGCCCUGUUCAAAGGCUUGAGCCGGGAGCUGCUGCUGUCCGUGCAGAGGCUGAGUGAUUGGGAUGGAGUUCAAUAUCCUAAAGCUUCGUUAGACACAGAUGUGUUCAGUAAAGAAGAAUUGACAACUGAAAUGGAAGAUGAUCUAAUACAUGAUGAGCCAGAAGAGAUAGAAGAUGCAGUCGGUGAUGACUCAAAAAAUAACUUGACAGUGAACCUUUUUAAAAUGGAGCCCUUUCAAGAUGCCGUCACUGAUUUCACAAAUCCCGUGCUGAUACCUCAACCGUCGCAGUGCAACUCUGAAGCGUAUACUACAAACGAGCCACUCGGUGAACAUCAUUUGGCUGACCAGCCCGGAAUCUUGAUCCAGAACGUGACUUCACUGCCAGCAUCGGGCACAACCGCUGCGUUCACUCAACCUUAUCUGUGGCCUCAGCAGGAGGCGGCUGAAACAUAUGGUGAAGAAACUGCCGCCAAAAAAAAAUCCCAUCCACCGAAGCAUCAACGCUCAUUUGCAUCGAGCAACAGGAAAACGAACCCGGGAAUCCGGGCCGCCUCCGUCGGCAAGAAUGGACCGUACGUGUUAAAACGCCCGAAGGCGGCUGAGUUGGAGGACACCAAAGAGAAGCCGUACCAGUGCGAGCUGUGCGGCUGGAGCUACUCCCACACCUCCAACCUGAAGCGCCACCUACGCACGCACACGGGCGAGCGGCCGUACCGCUGCAACAUGUGCGGAAAGACAUUCUCGCAGAGCUGCCACAUGAGGUCGCACAAGCGCACGCACACGGGAGAGCGGCCGUACCACUGUGGCGUGUGCGGCAAGACGUUCACGCGCUCCACCAUGCUGCGAUUCCACCAGUGCGGACGUGGAACACUGCCCGUGAGCGAGUGAAAUGUCGGGGCUACACGAACGAGCCGGGUCUGCGACUUCAGUUGAUUAGUCUGUAAUAUUAAUAACGCUAUUUCUGCGUUGAACAGGGCCAUGGUUUUGGUGGAGUGUUCUUGCCUGUAUGUAUGUUGAACGUCUUUUGCACCAUAUGUAGCCAAAUGUGUUCAUGUUGAGGGGGAAGGACAGCAAACUAAACACAAAGCAGUUGUAAAUAAAUAAGUGCAAAGCUC